AUGAACACCGUCAAAUCGUUCUGGCUCGGAUGGGGCUCUCUCUGUGUUGCCGGCGGAACGGCCUACUACUUCGCCAAGCAGAGCAUCAACGCCGACCGCGCAGCUCGCUUUGAAGAGCAGCGCAAGCGCAAGCAGAUGGCCCAGUCCAUGGAAUACGGCGACAACGUCCCCAGUCAGCCCGGUUCCGCAUCCACCAUGGGCGGAGAGCCGCGCACCGAUGCCGCCGGCUCGCCGAGCCAGGAGUCCAGCUCCGACCCCGCCCCGACCCGCCAUGCCCCGACCACGGAACAACAAAGAAUAUUGGAGAAGAGCAAAUACGAGAGUAGUACGCCGUUCAAGAGUCCAAAGGGAGACCGCUUCUCGUAG